UAACGUCAAAUCUGUAGCUGUCAAACUCAUAUGAAAUUAAAUUUUCAGUGAAAAUAAAAUUUCAUUUCAAUAAGAAAUCCUGUAAUACUCGUUGAAAGUCGUCUUCCCGUCAUUAAAUUUGAUCGUUUUUAAGUUGAGAUAGAAGUGAUAUAGAUAUAGUAUCGCGCAGAAUGCCGGUUGACCAGAUACAGUACUCUGAAAGAUACACUGAUGACGUCUAUGAAUAUAGACAUGUCAUCUUGCCUCCUGACAUUGCCCGUCUGGUGCCAAAGUCUCACCUCAUGACGGAGACGGAAUGGCGCAACCUCGGAGUGCAGCAGAGCCCCCGGUGGCUACACUUCAUGGUCCACAACCCUGAGCCCCAUGUCCUGCUGUUCCGGCGACCUAGGACCGACAUAGCUACCCCUGUGAAUGGUCUUGAUAGUAAUACUAACUCGGCAGUAAAGGUGUAAGAGAAAUGUGAUAGAUAAUUUAAUUUAUGUGUAGCUAGUGAUAGAAUAUUGAUUUGUCAGUUAUAAUUGACUAGCUUUUGAGGAUUGGUCUGUUUGGUGUUGGUCAUCACUCCAAGAAGUGGUCUAGGAUAAUCUGAAGCCUCAGUCUACCUUAUUUAAUUAAAAUUAGUUUGAGAUUGGGAAGUAGGUUGAAGAAGCACUCAUUGGACUUUUAAAAACAUAUUCUGGUGUUGUUCUGUUCCAUUGAUGAAUAAUAUAAUAUACCUCCAUUAUUUUCAAGAUAAGAUAAUUAACUGCCUUUGCAAGAUUAAUUGAUUAAGAUAAAAUCUUAUCAAUACAACCUACUUUCCGGACUGUAGGUAAUCAUGGUUAUUUCAUUUUCCCUGUCUGCUGAUAAUUAUUUGCAAUUUUCGGCAAUCAUAAAAAAAAUUAACUCUCACCAGCAACCAACAUGAUUAUAGUUAUUACACUUUUUGUUUAUUCAGUUGUGCAUGCUUACCCUACCGGCAACUUAAGAGUGGGGUUCUAGUUGUGAAAGCAAGCUGCCGACCUUCCUUUCUCCACUGCAGUAUCGUUCAUUUGAUUCUUAUUGACAUUAAAUUUUAUUUUACAAAAUUUUAUCACUAGUUGCAUAAUAAUUCUAUGAAAUGAUGAAUAUAAUAUAACACUAUUUAAAUGAUAAUCUAGGUAGCUUUUAUGCAUUUAAUGAUAACAAGUGUUUUAAUUUAGAUAUCAGAUUCUGUUCUGUGGUUUAGUAGAUAAAAAUAUGAUUGAUUUUUAAACAGACUUCAUUGAGUUUGAUUCUUAGACCAAAUUAGUUUUUACUGUAUGGUUUCUAUCAAAUUGUAUUUGUCAAUUUUUUGUGCCACAGAACAGAAAACCAUUUCAAAGUAUUUCACUUUUUGACCAAAAUACUUGUCCAAAUACAUAAUGUAGUAGAAAUGUGGGGUAAUUCAAGGUUAUUUUUAAUAAGUCACUAAGAACAAAUAUUUGUUUGUAUUCAGGAUCGGAUUGUUGCAUUUCUUUUUUAAAGAAGUAUAUAAUGCAUAUAGUAUUUAUGCAAAGAUUUUAAUGAAAUUCUAUGUAAAGCUAGGUUGUUCCUAAUUAUGACUGAUCAUUAUUUAUUUAGAAUAAAAUUGUUUAUGAAAAUGUAUGUGCCUUUAGCAGUGUGCUUCUAUAUAUAAUAUUAUAUGAAUGUUAAAAUUGAUGUUCAGGUUUUCAAGAUUCAGAUUGGUUGUUUGUUUUUAACUCUCAAUAUAACAACAGGAUAUAACCUCACCAAUGGGGUCAAAAGAAUGCAAAUUUUAUGAUGUGGAGCAUCAUAUGUCAUAAAAAUGUCAAGAAUAUUUUAAUAGCUAUAAGUUUGCAAUUACUUUUAAAAUAUAACAUAACUAUGAACACUUUACCUCUUUAUUAGGCAUUGUAACUCAUUUACUAUAUAAGAAGCAUUUAGUAUUAUAUGUUAUAAAACAUAAUUAUUAUUUAAUUAAGUGCUGUUAAUAACUCAUUAAUAAAAUGUAUAACAAUAUAUUGUAGGCUAUGUAUACCAAUGAUGGUGCAAAUUUCAAUUAAUGAUAUGAUAAGUUAGCAUAUUAAGUUUUCUUUAAUUAUAAUGUUUGUUAACUAAUAAAGGUUUAUACGGGCA